UCCUCCUCCUCCUCAACAACACACAGCGGCUGUCGAUGUUGUUGAUGUCAUGUGCUCGCCUCGGGCAGCCGCUGUGUGUUGCUGAGUGCUGUGCUGUUGUCUGUUUGCUGUUGAUGUAUGAUUCGAUCCAGUAGUAGUUAGCAAGUAAUCCGGUAUGCUGUUGAUGAAAUAAACAUGUACCUGUGUGUGCGUGUUGAUUUCUCCCCUGCAUAUAUCCCCAAUGGCUGUUGAUGUACGAUCCAUGAAGCUCUGCUAAUGAAUUAGCUACUAGUGGAUCCUAGGAAGAAAGAAAAUUGUUGCACAGAAUGCCCAAGUGUAGUUAUAAAACUGUUGCAAACGAUGCUCACAGCAGCUCAAGAACAAGUGAAAUUCACCUAGGCCAACCAAUUCCAUAUUUAGGUAUUUGCCGGGUUAAGUAUUUGGUCCCCAAAUUUUCACGCGUUAUGGUGGCGAGCUAAAACCAUCGUAAGCGAAUUAUUGCCAAAUUGGUAGAAAAGGAAACAGUAGUACUAAAAGAAAAAUCACAGAAAGAGUUUAUGCCUGGUUGGACCAAGUGGUUUCUGAUCAUGCAUCUUGAUGCAGGUGCAAGCAGGAGGCGAACGUAAGCGUAUGUUGGUGUGUAGAGGUGAUCAUUUUUGGCUUCUCAAGCAACCUGCAAGCACGCAUCACACUAUUUCAGUGAAUGUAUGUGCAAGCAUCCUAAGAAUACGUCCAACUGUGCAAAGGUUGUUGUGUGAACAUUGGUCACUCUACUCUUAUCUAGGCUGGGUCGGCAAUAUAUUGAAUACAAAUCAAAUAUUGAUCUUCAUGUGUUUGCAGGCAUAUUUUAAUUAUGAUGAUUAGCAAAUGAUUCCUGCAGUUGUUUUGUUUCGAAUGCGAUUCUUGGAUAGAGAUUGAACUCGUACUCCAAACGAAUGUAUGCUGGGUCUGGUCGAACUGCAACAUCUGCCUAAUUUAUUUUCACAUUAAACACAAUUCAGCAUUAUAAUACGAUGUAUUAUGCUCAUAAAACAUGUAGAUUCUAAAUUACAAUGACUUAUGGCUGGUUAGAUAUCCUACAAAAAAUAACUCAAUGUUCAAUUUGAAUUCGGAAAAGCAUAGAGAGAUGCUCCAAACAAGAAAAUUUAGAAAAUAUUCAAAUUUAUGUUCUAUUGUCGGAUUUUAGCACAAAUUAUUAUUCUCUGUUCAUGUUUGUGAAAAUUUUAUUUGCAGUCUGCAGGAUUUGGACACUUCUUACUAUUUAUUCCUGCACCUACCUAUUGGUUACUCUAUCAUACUAGAUAUCUUUGUGUUUCAAGAGCUUGUAUUUGAAUUUCUGAAGGGCUUGUUUUUCCCCCACGCUAGAGGAGUAUAUAUUGGCGUAUUUGGGACUCAACUAACUUUAAUCCCGUAGGAACUGAUUCUUUUUCAAUGCAACAAAAAGAGGUUGGAAACCUUGCAUAAGCCGUCAGGUCAGAAGUAACAAGAAAAACAAAAUGAAACCAGUUUCCUCUCCUCCAUUUAGUACUAGUACUAGUCCGACUACUAGUACUCCACUCCCAACUGCUCACUCUACCUCCCACCUCAGCUUGUACGUAAGUGUGGGCAGAAUCAAAGUAUUGCCAAACUCUAAACUCAGCGUUGAAAGUGGUGUUGGUGGAUUGAUAAGUUGUUGUAUCUAAUGGCAUACAUGCCUUCCUGCGGCACCUUCCAUGCACCUUUAGUGUCUUCUUGCCUGAGGAGGAAAUUCACAGUGGUGGCCACGGCUUCCAAGGCCAAGGUUGGAACUCCCGAAAAGGCCCCCACUCGAGUCCGAUUCGCACAACCAUUCCCACCUCAGAAGAAGGAAGUUUUCGAUUCACUGGAGCGCUGGGCAGAGGACAACAUCCUGGUCCUGUUGAAGCCAGUAGAGAAAUCCUGGCAGCCGCAGGACUACCUGCCAGACCCUUCCUCGGAUGGAUUCUAUGAUGAAGUCAAGGAGUUGAGGGAACGGGCCAAGGAGAUCCCGGAUGACUACUUGGUCUGUCUGGUUGGAGACAUGGUCACUGAGGAAGCACUCCCUACUUACCAGACAAUGCUCAAUAUCCUCGAUGGCAGUGUCGGCGAUGAUACCGGCACCAGUCCAGCAAGCUGGGCUGUCUGGACGAGGGCAUGGACGGCCGAGGAGAACAGGCAUGGUGAUCUCAUGAACAAGUACAUGUACCUCGCUGGGAGGGUUGAUAUGAGGCAGAUUGAGAAGACCAUACAGUAUCUCCUUGGUGCUGGAAUGGAUCCAAAAACCGAGGGUAACCCAUAUCAGGGUUACAUCUACACAUCUUUCCAAGAGAGGGCAACCUUCAUAUCCCACGGCAACACUGCGAGGCACGCCAGGAAGUACGGGGACCUGAAGCUGGCUCAGAUAUGUGGCACCAUCGCGGCCGACGAGAAGCGCCAUGAGACGGCCUACACCAAGAUUGUGGAGAAGCUCUUCGAGGUCGACCCCGACUACACCGUGCUGGCAUUCGCCGCCAUGAUGAGGAAGAAGGUCACGAUGCCCGCCCACUUGAUGUACGACGGGCAGGAUGACAACCUGUUUGAGCACUUCAGCGCGGUGGCUCAACGGCUGGGCAUCUACACCGCCAUGGACUACGCCGACAUCCUCGACUUUCUGGUGCAGAGGUGGAACGUCGCCAACCUCACUGGGCUGUCUGGGGAAGGGAGGCGGGCUCAGGAUUUCCUCUGCUCACUGGGACCAAGGUUCAGGAAGCUGGAGGAGCGAGCUCAGGGCAGGGCAAAGCAGUUACCGGUUGUUCCUUUCAGCUGGAUCCAUGGUCGGCAAGUGCAACUUUGAGUGACAUUGCAAAACAAUUAUAAGACGAAUUGUUCUUCUUAUUUUCAAAAUAUGAAGCAACUGUUGACUUGUACUACUAUAAACAUAUCUACUCUGCAUGUGCCAAAGAAGCCUAAAAUAACAUAAUUAUAUCAUGAACACAUC